AAGCAGCAAGCAGCUCUCAUUCCCGGCGGGCCAUGGCCAUGGCGAGAACUGCCCGGAGCCGGAAGGCGCUUCUUCCGGCCCUCGCCCUCGGGGUGCUUGGCUGCGCCUUUGUCGCGCCAGUUGAGAGGUCGGCAGUGCGCCGGCUUCUUCUUGCGGGUCACCUGGGCAUGCUCCCGUCCGCAGCAAAUGCCCAGGAGAAAGGGUACCAAGAGGCUUCGAUUCGAAUUGGCUCGAGCUUCCAGGUCUUGUACGAUGGGGCCAUACCCAAUGACGACUUUUUCGUGAGCCCUGGGUUGGCCGACUUCGGGACAGACCCUUUGUCGAGUCCAAAGGUUUUGUUUGUGAAGCCCACCAGCAAGGCCUAUGCUCAGGGCCUCCGAGUUGGCGAUGAGCUGAAAUAUAUGUCGAAGAUCGGCAUCCCCGGCAUGUACUCGGAGGGUCAGAUCCGCAAGAUGCGGGAUGUGGACAAGGAGAUCAAGCGAGCCUCCAACGCGAGCUCGCUCUUUGGCUAUGAGAAGCUUGGGAUGGAGGUGGGCCCAGGGCUGUACAUGGAGUUCAAGGCGAAUGGCGUCGUUCAGCCUGGAGAGCAAGCGCCAGACUUCAAGCUUCCCGCCAGCAGCGGCGGUCAGUUGGCGCUCUCCGAGCUUCUGGCGGGCAACGAGUUUUUGGUGGUUUUCUUCCGGCCCUCCAGUCGCUUCAGAGGCGGUGACCUUCAGGAGGUCCAGCUCUUCAACCGCGCGCAGAAGGAUCUGGCGGCGCGAGGAGCGACGGUGGUCGGGAUUCAGAUGGAGCCCAUCACAGCGCUGAUGACGCAGGCCAACGCCAUGGACCUGGGCUUCCCGAUGCUCUGCGACUUUGACGGCUCCGUGGCCCGGGCCUACGGCGCCUACCUGGAGCUCGAGGAGCAAGGCCCCAACACAGACCGGAAAACCUUCAUCAUCGGGAAGGAUGGCAAAGUGAAGACCUCCUUCGUGGACGUGGGCUACGAUGCGGACAAGAAGAGGCUGAAGGCCCAUGUGGCAGAUGUGGUCCGCGUGCUCGGCGGAGAUCCUCAGAAAGCCCUCCAGGCCAUGCAGCCGAAGUCGAAGUCCGUGGGCGAGAUGUUGGACAUCGCCGUGGGCCGCGCGCCGCCCUCCCCGCGGAUCCGCUAGGUGCGGAUUGGUGAUGGAUUGAAAUGUUUAACUGUAGAGAUCUGAGCUUUUUGAUGCCCAGGAUGCCGCUUCGCCAGUGCUUUCGGGC